CAUUUAACAUUAAUACGUGCACUUCACUUGAUUUUCAAUGUUUUGAUAAUUUUCGCGUUUAGUUUUAAUUUGAUAAGAGCUUUUUUUACUAAAACAGACGAAAUUCGAAUUGAGUGAAGAAAUAGUUAUUACUGUUCAAAAUGCUAUUUGACUUGAAUUUUACUUAAAAGCACCAAAAAGAGUAAAAUCUCACAGCUAACAUAAAUCCAGAUUUCAUUCCUCAAUUUCUUCCAAUUGACGAAAAAUGAGUGACGUACACCAAAAUAAUUUGGCGGUCGUUGAUUUUUUCAAGUUAAACAUUGAUUGCUUGGAGGAGUUAUUCGAGUGGUUGUCCUUGAGCGAUCUUCGAUCAUUGCGUCAAACGUGCCAGCGAAUGAAAAAAGCGGUCACCUUUUACAUUCACCUGAAUUAUCCAUUGCGAUUUGGUCAAUUUGAAUACAUUGACGAUGCACUCGAUGACCUCGAAAAAUUUGACGAAAACUUUUCAAAAUUGUACAAACAUUUUCGAUUCGAUUACCAUCCAUUGACGAACGAUGUGAUUGAUAAAAUCAAACAUCUUUUGUUGAAUAUCGAAAAGGUCACAAUUUGUAAUGUUCAAAUUGACGGUCGAUUUUAUGAAACAUUUUUCGACGUUUGUAAAAAUCUGAAGUCAUUAACAUUAAACGAAUUUUCCCAAAUGGAUCUGGAUCAUGAGUGGAUGCAUCGGCAAUGUUCUACAUUGGAAGAAUUUCGAUACUUCGAUAGUGAUUUUGUGGCUGACUAUGAUUCAAAUGCCGAAUUAAAAACAUUUUUGGAGCUAAAUCCAAUUAUAAAAAAACUGUCGAUUUCAUCCGACAUUCUUAACGAAUGGAUGAUCGAAUCGAAUUUACAUUUGGAAUCGUUACACAUUCAACACUUGCCGCCGCUUGAUGAAAUGAAUCAAUUAUGCAACUUAUUGAAUGCGCUUCACGACAAAGGCAUUUAUAAAAGCUUACAAUUUUUCGCAUAUUUUAGUUGCGAUGAAAUGAUCAUGAAUGAACUCACUGCACUACGAGGACUUGAAACAUUGUACAUUGAAAAUUUGAGCACCGGAAUGGUGUUCAAACCAUUGAAUGAAGUGAAAUUUUUCUACAUGGACAGCGAUAAGGAUGUAACGAACAUGAAUAUUGAUGUGCUAACGAAAUGUUUUCCGAAUAUUGAACAGAUUAACUUUCAAUUCGCCAAUUUUGAUAAUGUGCUACCAUUCAUACAGAGAUCGGCAAAACUAAAGGAAUUGAAAGUGUAUUCACCAGAUGCAGGCACUUAUUUUAACGAUGGUAUCAUCGAUUUACGAUCAUUGAAUAAAGAAUGUGAAAAAUGUGUAGGUGGAUCAAAACUUACAGUUUUUGUUAAGGAGACGGUCUUUUUGGCCACGAAAAUUUCAAAAAUGCGCACAAAAUACAGUUUGAUCGAAUUGAAACGCGCCGAUCGAUUUUGGAAGACUUUCGAUUGAAGCGAUGAAUUUUUGAGAUGACGGAACUAUGGAUACUGCCAUGCACUUUAAUGGAUAUGAUAGUGGAGAGUUUGAUAUACUCAAUUCAGUCGUUCUUUAAAAUUCGAAUUUCGGGUAUUAUGCCAUUAAUAAAAGUCAUUGUGAAAAAGUUAUUUGA